CGAUAACAUAAAAGUGAUUUGAUCACAAAAGGCUACGGACCUAUUAAGUACUCUUUCGGUCAGCAUCUGUAGAUUUACGAAGGGCAACAUGGAAAAGUGGUUUCUUUAUGUUUCAUUGAUUCUCCUAGUUUUCCCAGCACGAGACACUGGUUUUGCUCAGGCGACAAUGUAUUUACUUUACUCUUGUCCACUGAGGUCUUCGGAAUCCUCUCUGUCCUCUAGCAGCAGCAGCAGCAGCAACGACUGUCCAAGCAGCAGAAAGAGAGACAUUUACAUUCCGUAUGGAAUUAGACAUACCUAUAUUCAAAUAGGAUCUAGAUGCCAUGACUGGGGAAACUGGAAUUAUCCUCGGAAUAUCAGCUGUAGUAGUACAGAACUUUAUUGCUGCGUUCAGACAAACAAUCUAGAAUCAUUUGGAUGGACAUUGUGUGCUGAUAGAAUCCGUGAGUUUGAAUCUGCUUGGACAAAUGUAGGAAGAAGCUAUAGCGCAACUUCAUGGAAUUGCCAGGUAUAUUCCGACAAGAUGAAAGAGUUCCUAGACACAUGCGACGUCACUGGACUAUUUUGUUAAGAAACAAAAACUUUGUAAAGCAAAUGGAAAUUAAAGUUAACGAAAGGGGUCGAUUUCAUAUUAACUUGUUUUCAGCAGUCAUUUAAUAUUUAUUACAGGCUUGCUUGAGUGGAAUGUUUAAACAUACAUAUAGCUAAUGAACAUAAUUCUGGAGGUAUGCUGCUGUAGACAUUAUUGAAAGCUAUCGUAAGGCUUUUAAAUUAAUUUUGUAUCACAAGUAUACUCGCAAUGUUUAACUUUUUUGAAUAACUCAACAUUUUUGCUUAUGUGCAAGCAUGUUUUAUAAUAAUUUAUGAAAUAAAGUAAUAGUUUAAGGUUUAUGCUAACGAUCUUUCUAAACACAACCACUUUUUACUGUUAAAUAAAUUAACUUUCUACAAUGUAAUUUGUUAUUUUGCUCCUGUGUUUUGUUUCGACAAGGACAAUAUACACGAACACGUGUGAAUAUGAAUGUUUGUAAUUUAUAUGCACAUGAUAUGUAUUAUUCUAAAUUUUUCAUGCAAUGUAUGAAGAAAACAUCGGUUUAACUUUUUAAUAUGUUUUGAUUUUGAUAGCUGUCAA